AUGGCAAUCAACAACAGUAAACACGUUCAAUACAUUCUGCUGGCAGAGUUUGAUAUCGACAAAGGCGCCAAUCUCAAGUAUCAGUACCCUGAUGAAACAGGCACUGACGAGCAUAUUCUAUCAGAGCUCAUGCUGCCUGACGGUGCUCAUCUAAGAGCAGAGGAUUGGACUAUUUUCUGUUUGAAUCAGUUGACUCCAGAUCCUCAUCAAGGCCUUGAACAGGUAAAAUCCGACUCAGAAAAGCCUUUGCUGUAUGUAUUGAAUCUGGUUAGAACAAAACAUGAUGCUACUGCUAGAAGAGGCGCAAGAGUCAAGGCGAUGGCCAUCUGCACCAGACACCAGUAUCUGCACAUCUACAAGCCAGUAUUACUGUUGGCCAUGGAAAAGUACUUUGAGAACCCUAGCUUGGAAAUUUUGGAGUCAUUGUUUGAGGCUGUCAAUUCCAUGGAUCUGUCAAGAAUGCCAAAGUUCACCUGGCAUGAGAGGCAGAUUCUAAGAGCUUCAGACAACAAGACCAUGUUUGAGGAAAUGUUCAUUGACGAGACAAACAGCAGUAACAUGGAGGACAUCAACAUCAUGGAAGACACAGAGACAAGCCGCAUGCGAAGAGGUACAUACAUUGACCUGGCGUCAGGACAUGUCCGUGAAAAGAUACCCGCUUUGAGCAAAGACAGACACUUUUUCGAAACGAAGAUUGAGUAUGACGGCAUCAAGCUACCCAUCAAAAUUCCUUUGACGGUGAAUGCAGAAGAAGUUGGCGAUUUUUCAGUCAUCAAAUUAAUCAAUACAUUUACGCCCAAUGCCAAUCAUCCUGGCUCACCAAAUCCGCACCAUCCACACCUAGACAGCAGUGGGCCAUACACACAUCCAAUCAUGCUCUUACUGAACGCUUUACUGACACAAAAGAGGAUCGUUUUCCUGGGAUAUGGACAUCCAUCUGGAGAAGUAGCUAAUUAUGUCCUUGCGGCCUGUGCCUUGGGUAGUGGUUGCGGCACAGUGUUGAAAGGAUUUACAGAGCGUGCGUUCCCAUAUACCAACUUGACGAGCGUGGAUGAUUUAUUGAAAUGCCCGGGUUUCAUUGCAGGCGUGACGAACCCAACAUACGAGGAACAUACCAGCUGGUGGGAUGUGUUGUGCAAUAUCAGUACGGGCAAAAUUACCGUCAGCGAUCACAUUGAAGCGAAUCAUGCCAUCACCACCGGCAGAAAGCAAUCCAUUGCUCUAACAGAGGAUGCCACUGCGACUGCUGCAUCCGCCUUUACCUCCUUGUCUUUGGGUCGAACAUCCAGCAUGACCUCACAUCAAUUCAAGCAGCAACAGGGCAACCAAUCAUCCAUGCAACAGCAGCAGCAACAGCAACAGCAACAGCAGCAAUCAGACUUGAGAGAUAGCGAUGUUGAGUUUAUGAAUGAAGUCAUGGCCUCGAUUCAAGCACACUAUGGCGAGACGUCUAUUCGUGCAAAGUUCCAGGAUUAUGUCUUUCGAUUUGUGCGGUUAGCUGGACUAUAUGAAGAGCAAAUGUAUGGCCAAACACAGAUUGGAUGGCCCUCCCAUGAGACACACUUGGGCUAUGGUCCUGUGUUCCAGGACGAAGCCUCAAAACAACGAGAACUCAACGUAAAUGCCAGUCGUAUCGAAGGAUGGAGACAGUCGAUAUCGUACAAAUACUACCAAAGGGACCUCAACCACUGGCUACAAAACUCUUGUAUCAAGAAUUUGGAUGUUUACAGACAGAUCAGUAAACUGAAGCGCUUGAGACACAUGCCUGACAGUGAAGUGUCAUCCAUCUACGAAGCAUUCCUGAGCAACAUCAUCACACAUCGCCAAAUGAUCGAGUUCCUGUCCUUUUUACCUCAACAUCAAGGCGGUUUAUCCCCACUGGGCGCAGGAUUAUUUCAUUCAAACCCUCAUAUCCGAAAACAAGCAGUGGAUCUGUUUCGCAGACUAGAACGUAGCCCUAUUGGCCUUAAAUUUGUACAAGACUUAUCCAGAUUUCAACGGAUCGCAUAUGAAAGACAAGCUGCCGCUGCUGUCUCUCAUGAUACACAAUAA